AUGCCAGCGACCGGUUUUCAUUCCGCAAUCGUCCUGCACGGUCCAAAGGACCUCCGGGUCGAACGUCGUCAACGGAGACCGCCUUCCGAUGGUCAAGUUCAGGUCUCCAUCCAAGCUACCGGUCUUUGUGGAAGCGAUCUCCACUACUACAUUCACGGUAAAAAUGGCGACUUUGCCGUCAAGUCUCCCCUAGUCCUAGGCCACGAAGCAGCAGGCAUCAUCACGCACAUUGGUCCUAACGUCCCUCCACACUUGAAUUUGCGUGUAGGCGAUCGAGUGGCCAUUGAGCCCGGUGCUCCUUGUGGUCGAUGCGAAUUUUGUGAAAUGGGAAGGUACAAUUUGUGUGAGCGGAUGAGGUUCUGUUCGUCUGCAAAGUCGUUCCCUCAUUUGGAUGGGACGUUACAAACGUGUAUGAAUCAUCCAGCUAGGUUGUUGCAUAAAUUGCCGGAUUCUUGUUCAUUUGAGCAAGCUGCACUAGCAGAACCACUCUCUGUCGUCUUACACGCUGCUCGUAGGAUAGGACUGCGUGUACUCAUCAUCGGAGCAGGAGCGGUCGGGUUUUUAGCCGCCGCGUUAGUUCGCACACUUUCGGCGUUGGGAGAGUCCACAGCUCCCGUGUCUUUUAUUGCCGCCAUGGAUUUGGAUAAAGGCAAGCUGGACACGCUGAUGGAUGCAGGGUAUGCGGAUGCGAUUUAUCAUGUUACAUCGCCUGUGGUGUCUCAGCGGGCAGGAGGCAAGGUGGGAGGGAUGACGAGGGAGGAGGGUUUAUUGAGGAGUAGGAAAUUAGCGAAGGAGGCGCUUGCUGCGCUUAGUGUUGAUGAUAGAGGGGCUAUCAAAGGUUACGACGUUGUUUUUGAGUGCACAGGCGUGGAGAGUUGUAUUCAAACUGCUAUUCUCAUGGCCCGUACGGGGGGCAAGGUUGCCCUUGUAGGGAUGGGAUACCCUAAUCCAUAUCUCCCCCUCUCAAGUGCUAUGCUCCGGGAAGUGGAUUUGGUAGGAGUGUUCAGGUACGCGAAUACGUGGCCCGAUGCGUUGAGGUUGUUGGCGAGUAAGACGAUGCUUGGGAUCGAGGAUGUAAUGGUGACGCAGAGGUUUGCGCUUGAGGAGACGGGGCAGGCGUUUAAGAUCCUUGCAGGUGGGAGUGGAAGUGGGAGGGGGACGGGCGAGACGGUAAUCAAGAUCAUGGUUGGGCCUAAUUAUGGGAGUGGGAUGAAAGGACGUGUGGGCGUCGUUGCGUCCCCAUGA